GGUAACUAAAUGACCAUGGAAUCUGGAGCAGAGAACCAGCAGAGUGGAGAUGCAGCCGUUACAGAGGCAGAAACCCAACAGAUGACAGUACAGGCACAACCACAGAUUGCAACGUUAGCCCAGGUGUCCAUGCCAGCAGCUCACGCCACCUCCUCUGCGCCCACAGUGACCUUAGUCCAGCUGCCCAACGGGCAGACGGUCCAAGUGCACGGAGUCAUUCAGGCUGCCCAGCCCUCAGUCAUUCAGUCUCCACAGGUCCAGACAGUUCAGAUCUCCACUAUAGCAGAAAGUGAAGAUUCACAGGAAUCAGUAGACAGUGUCACAGACUCACAGAAACGAAGAGAAAUUCUUUCCAGACGACCCUCCUACAGAAAAAUUUUGAAUGACUUGUCCUCAGACGCCCCAGGAGUGCCAAGGAUUGAAGAAGAGAAGUCUGAAGAGGAAACAGCAGCACCUGCCAUCGCCACUGUUACGGUGCCAACUCCCAUUUACCAAACCAGCAGUGGGCAGUACAUUGCUAUUACCCAAGGAGGAGCAAUCCAGUUGUCUAACAAUGGCACAGAUGGAGUACAAGGUCUCCAGACAUUGACUAUGACCAAUGCAGCUGCAACCCAACCAGGCACCACCAUUUUACAAUAUGCACAGACCACAGAUGGACAACAGAUACUUGUACCCAGCAACCAAGUAGUUGUACAAGCUGCCUCAGGAGAUGUGCAGACCUACCAGAUCCGCACGGCCCCCACCAGCACCAUUGCCCCAGGAGUGGUGAUGGCAUCCUCCCCAGCACUGCCCACCCAGCCCGCAGAGGAGGCCGCGCGCAAGAGGGAAGUGCGUCUCAUGAAGAACAGAGAGGCAGCACGUGAAUGUCGCAGGAAGAAAAAGGAGUAUGUGAAAUGUCUAGAAAAUCGAGUGGCUGUGCUUGAAAACCAAAACAAGACACUGAUUGAGGAGUUGAAAGCACUUAAGGACCUCUACUGCCACAAAUCAGAUUAAUUUUGGAUUCCCAUUUUCACUUGUCCAGGUGGGAUAGAGACUGGUUCUGGCUGUACCCAGAAAGACAAAGUAAACUUUUUAUUUUCUAAACAUUUCUUUUUUUCUAUGCGCAAAACUGCCUGAAGCAACUACAGAAUAUACUUCAUCUGUGCUUUGCAUCAAACUGUGAAUGUUCAAGUACUUGCCUCCACUUCUCCCCCUACAAGAUUAUUUUCAUCAUCAAUCUCAGUGUGAAGAAGAACAGGCUUCUCUCUCGUCUCCCCCUCCUCUUCAGGGAGUAGCAGUGGUCGCUUGGGAAGUUACUGUGGGGAGGGUCCUUUUGUAAGAAUUUCAAGAAUUUAUGCUGAGCUCUUCCCAUUGCCUUAGAGACAGAGCCACCCCAGCCUCUUGGUGCAGAGACCUGUGGAGCAUGCGUGGUGCAAUGAAGAAGCAAUGGUUGCCAAAUUGGUUUCACAUAUUUGUUAUGAACUAUAACAAUACACGGCUAAGCGGCACGCCAAACGAGAGGCAGUCACGUCCCUGGUGUGGAGAUAACAUCCCUUUUUCAAACUAGCCCAGGAGGGGGUUGGGUUUCUAAUCUGUAUUAAGCCCUCCUGGACUAGUAAAAACUUCUCCAUACCUCAGAAGCAUUGAAAUGAGCUUCACUGGUCAGUUGUUGCUUCUCAAAGCUCCCGUGUGCGAGCGCGUUCAGCAUUCUGAAUGCACGAAAGGCAAAUACCAACUGCAUAGGAUAUUGGUUGGGAGGUGAUAAUUGGAUGGGGAAGGAAUUCAGAGUCAAAAAAGGUACAGUGUUGGUGUUUUGAAAACAGUUACUUGGUAAGCAAGGGUAACACAGGUAAGCACUGCCUGUCUGCAUGCAGAACAACUAAGCAGUUGAAGCAUGGCCAAUUCCACAGACAUAUUCCCUGAUGACUGUGUUGUCUGUGUCCGAAGUCCUCUCAAGCAGUGAGGUUAUUUCCAUUUCCCUACCCCUGGCUUAUGUAAUGGAAAUUAUUGUACUCAAUGGAAACAUCAGCCUGGUUUGCUGGAUUCUUUUUCAAACUUUGAGGCUGCCUUCCAUACGUAAAUUAAAUUGCAGUAUGACAACUAACAGGACAACCUCAAAUACUAAAGAGGACUUCGAACACAAAUAUUCCAACUUCUGCUUUGCAAGGGACAAUGUUAAUUAUUUGAAUCUGGUCAGGCUAGCUAAAUUCUUAAUUUAUUCAGAGGAAUUUUUUUCGUGUAAAGGGUCAGAUUUACUUAGUAAUUUAUUCCUGUAAGUGAAAUGACUCAUGUGCCUCAGAUGUUUGCAAGAUCCAAUUUUUUGUGUGCACUGAGGAGAUAUGACCUUUCCCAGAUUUACAUGGUUAAAAAGAUAGUUCAUGUUUGAAAAAAAACUCUAUACUAAGUAUUAGGACUUC